UUGAAUCUUAUCAUAACCGAUCACCGCGGGUAAGUUCAUCAUCGUUGACUCGCGACGGUCACUUCAUGUGUUUCUCUCAUUCGAAAGUGCUCAAAUUGUUUCGCAGCCGAGUGUACGUGACGGAAAAUUUUCUAUUUGUUUGAUAUCUCGUAGAUACUGUGAAUAUUAUAACUACUGAAAUUUUCAAAUACUCGCUCGCCGAACACACGUAGUGCGUAUCAAAACUUAUCUUUUUGGAAUGUACCAAUAAUUAGUCGAUUCACGAAGAAAAACAAAGUUGAGCGGUGCGAUUGUACAAAAAGAUUAUUACGCCGAGCAAGUUGUGAAAGGACAAAAUCUCGAUUAAGAGAGAAUCGAUAGGAAGAAACCGGAGCAGUCCUUGAAGAGCGAUCCGUGCUGCAAACGUUAAGAAAAGGGAACAGUAUUAAAAAGUACAUGAAUAUGUCUCAUAAAUGUAAUUCUUGCGGACAAAACUUCAAUUAUAUGGAUUUCAUAAAUCAUCUCAUUGAGGUCGCUGAACAUUGGAUAGAGAUAAUGAGCCAUUGCGACUACGAAACCAACGAUGAGGAGAAUGUGCAGAGCCAUAUUCGUGAUCAUUCUAACGAACAAGAAGAAAGCAAUAUUAUAGACCCGGAACCGUCUUUGGAGAGUGAUCCAUGCUGCAAACAUUUCAACAGAAACAACUGCAUUGAAAAUAAUAUGCUUCACGAAUGUGAUGUUUGCAACCAAAGAUUCCGUAGAAAGAAUGAGUUGACGAAUCAUUUAAUGGAGGAACACAAAGAUUUAAUGCACCAAUACGAACAAUACAACUACGACACCAACGAUGAGGAGGUUCUGCAGAGCCACACACAUAAUCAUUCUAAUAAACAAGAAGAAAGCAAUAUUAUAGAAGCGGAACUGUCGUUGGAAAGUGACCCGUGCGGCAAACAUUCCAGUAGAAACAGUUGCAUUGAAAGCAAUAUGCCUCACGAAUGUGAUGUUUGCAACCAAAGCUUCCGUAGAAAGAAUGAGUUAGCGAAUCAAUUAAUGGAGAACUAUAAAGAUUCGAUGCACCAAUAUGAGCAUUGUAACUACGAAACCAACGAUGAGGAAGAAUUGAAAAGCCAAAUACGUGAUCAUAUUAAGGAACAAGAAGAAAGCAAUAUUAUAAACCCGAAACCGUCUUUGAAAAGUAAUCCGUGCGGCAAACAUUCCAACAGAAACAGCUGCAUUGAAAAUAAUAUGCCUCAUGAAUGUGAUGUUUGCAAUCAAAGGUUCCAUAGAAAGCAAGAAAUGAUACAUCACUUAAUGAAGGUUCAUAAACGUAAGUUAUAUAGAUGCAGCCUUUGCAACUACGAUAGCAACCAGAAGGAACACUAUCAAUAUCAUAUUAUACGAGUGCACGAGAACAAUUAUAAUUAUAUAUGUCCUGAACAAGGCUGUAUAUGGAAGUUCAAAGUAAAAAGGGAUCUAACGAGGCACAUACGAUUUGUUCAUUCUAACAAACAAAAGGAACGCAAUAGUGCGGGCUCAAAACCGUCUUCGCAGAAUGACUCAUGCGGCAAACAUUCCAACAAAAACGGUAGCAAUGAAAUAUACAAAAAAAAUCCCACGCAAUGCCUAGUCUGUAAUCAAAGAUUCAGUAAAAAGCAAAAGUUGAUGCAUCAUUUAAUGGAGGUCCACGGAUGUCGGACAACAUUCAACUGCAGCGAUUGCAAGUACGGAUCCAACAGAAGGAACGAUCUUCAAAAACACAUCGCACGUAUGCACAGUUACGACUAUGUGUGUACUGAGGCCGGCUGUAACAGAAAACAUAAAAAGGUAUUUGGAAAAACACAUGCAACAUGCUUAUCUUAAUAAUCAGAAGAAAACCAUUAGUGCCGAAUAGCAGUAGAAUCGUCCUAUGCAGUAACAUUCUACAGGAAGUAGAAGCAUUGAAAAUCGUAUACCUAUAUGUGCCUCACCAAUGUAAAAGCUACAACUAAGAUUUCGAUAGGUAUAAAUAUUUGAAACACUACCACACUAUCUACUGGGAGGACCUCACAUAUAUAACUGGACGUUUGCAAUUAUACAGGGUGUCCCAAAGGUAACGUA